CUGCCACGAGGCCGCAGUAUAACCGCGUGGCCCGCGCGCGCGCUUCCUUCCCAGCGCGGUCACCGGCGCGGGCUAUGGCUGCAACCUCCUUCAUGUCCGCGUUGGCUGCCCGGCUACUGCAGCCCGCGCACAGCUGCUCCCUUCGCCCUCGCCCCUUCCACCUCGCGGCAGUUCGAAAUGAAGCUGUAGUCAUUUCUGGAAGGAAACUGGCCCAGGAGAUCAAGCAGGAAGUGCGGCAGGAGGUAGAAGAGUGGGUGGCCUCAGGCAACAAGCGGCCACACCUGAGCGUGAUCCUGGUUGGCGAGAAUCCUGCAAGUCACUCCUACGUCCUCAACAAAACCAGGGCAGCUGCAGAUGUGGGAAUAAACAGUGAGACAAUUGUGAAACCAGCUUCAAUUUCAGAGGAAGAAUUGUUGAAUUUAAUCAAUAAACUGAAUAAUGAUGAUAAUGUAGAUGGCCUCCUUGUUCAGCUGCCUCUUCCAGAGCAUAUUGAUGAGAGAAGGAUCUGCAAUGCUGUUUCUCCAGACAAGGAUGUUGAUGGCUUUCAUGUAAUUAAUGUAGGGCGAAUGUGUUUGGACCAGUAUUCCAUGUUACCGGCUACCCCAUGGGGUGUUUGGGAAAUAAUUAAGCGAACUGGUAUUCCAACCUUAGGGAAGAAUGUGGUUGUGGCUGGAAGGUCAAAAAAUGUUGGAAUGCCCAUUGCAAUGUUACUGCACACAGAUGGGGCACAUGAACGUCCCGGAGGUGAUGCCACUGUUACAAUAUCUCAUCGAUAUACUCCCAAAGAGCAGUUGAAGAAACAUACAAUUCUUGCAGAUAUUGUAAUAUCUGCUGCAGGUAUUCCAAAUCUGAUCACAGCAGAUAUGAUCAAGGAAGGAGCAGCAGUCAUUGAUGUGGGAAUAAAUAGAGUUCAUGAUCCUGUAACUGCCAAACCCAAGUUGGUUGGAGAUGUGGAUUUUGAAGGAGUCAGACAAAAAGCCGGGUAUAUCACUCCAGUUCCUGGAGGUGUUGGCCCCAUGACAGUGGCAAUGCUAAUGAAGAAUACCAUUAUUGCUGCAAAAAAGGUGCUGAGGCUUGAAGAGCGAGAAGUGCUGAAGUCUAAAGAGCUUGGAGUAGCCACUAAUUAACUAUUGUGUCUUCUAUGUCACAAACAGCACUCCAGGCCAGCUCAAGAAGAAAAGCAGGCCAAUAGAAAUGCAAUAUUUUUAAUUUAUUCUACUGAAAUGGUUUAAAAUGAUGCCUUGUAUUUAUUGAAAGCUUAAAUGGGUGGGUGUUUCUGCAUGUACCUCUGCAGUACCUCACCAGGGAGCAUUCCAGUAUCAUGCAGGGUCCUGUGAUCUAGCCAGGAGCAGCCAUUAACCUAGUGAUUAAUGUGGGAGACAUUACCAUAAGGAGAAUGGACGCUUCAUUUUGUCAAACUCAGUUACACAUUUGCCUUUUCUAGGAUUGCAUUUCCCAAGUGCUAUUCUAAUAACAGUUGAAUACUCAUUUUAGGUACCAAACCUUUUGAGUUCAACUGACCAAACCAAAGGAAAAGUAUUGCUAGAGAAAAUUAGGGAAAAGGUGAAAAAGAAAAAAUGGUAGUAAUUGAGCAGAAAAAAAAUUACUCUAAUUUAUAUGUGUAUUGAUUGGUAACCAGAUUUAUCUAAGUAGACCUGAAUUGGCUAGGAAAAAAGAAAAACUACAUGUUAAUCGUUUUCCUAAGCUGUCUUUUUGAGGCUUAGUCAUUGGGAAAAUGUUUAGGAUUAUUCCUUGCUAUUAGUACUCAUUUUAUGUAUGUUACCCUUCAGUAAGUUCUCCCCAUUUUAGUUUUCUAGGAUUGAAAGGCUUCUUUUAUGUAUUAUUCAUGUGUGUUGUCAUAUUUGGCUUUUGCUAUAUACUUUAACUUCAUUGUUAAAUUUUUGUAUUGUAUAGUUUCUUUGGUGUAUCUUAAAACCUAUUUUUGGAAAACAAACUUAGCUUGAUAAUCAUUUGGGCAGCUUGGGUAAGUAUGCAACUUACUUUUCCACCAAAGAACUGUCAGCAACUGCCUGUUUUUCUGUGAUGUAUGUACCCUGUUGACUUUUCCAUAAAUUUUUUUAAGAGUUUGAGUUAAUAUUGAAUUUAAUUAGAUUUUCUGAUUAAAGGGUUUUUUUUUUCUUUUUUAAUAAAACACAUCUGUCUGGUGUGGUAUGAAUUUCUGAAAUUCUGUCUUCCUAUGACUCUUAGUUGCGACUGAACCAGAGUUUUUUUCUCAUUUAAUCAAUGUAGAUAUUCCUAUAUUCAGUAACACUUACUCCUAUAGCCUUAAAUAGAUAAUUUUUUUUUUUUCUUUUUUCUUUUUUUUUUGUAGAGAUGGGGUCUUGCUAUGUUGCCUGGGCUGGUAUUGAACUCCUGGCCUCAAGCAAUCAAUCCUCUUGCCUCAGCCUCCCAGAGGGCUGGGAUUACAGGCCUGGGCCACCCAUGCCCAAACAGAGGUUUAAAGAGCUUUGGCGAAACCAGCCUCGUCCUCCAGCCUUUUUUUUUUUUCUGAGACUGAGUCUCGCUCUGUUGCCCAGGCUGGAGUGUAGUGGCAUGAUCUCGGGUCACUGCAACCUCUGCCUCUUGGGUUCAAACAAUUCUUGUGCCUCACCCUCCUGAGUAGCUGGGAUUACAGGUGCAUGCCUCCAUGCCCUGCUAAUUUUUGUGUUUUUAGUAGAGAUGGGGUUUCAUCACGUUGACCAGGCUGAUCUCAAACUCCUGACCUCAAGUGAUCCACCUGCCUCGGCCUCCCAAAAUGCUAGGAUUACAGGUGUGAGCCACCGCACUGGGCCUGUCCUACAGUCUUAUAUCCCAAAAGAUUGUGCCGAGCUAGGAGCUUAAUCUGUUAAAUACUUGAGGUGGGGGUAGGUGUCUUGUCUAUUUUGGCUUUUGGCUUUCAGGCAAGCAGAAGUAGCUCCUGCUCUAGGCAGCUUGAGGCAGAAAGAGAAAGAACAGUUGAGUUGACCUACCUCCAUCCUUGUUCUUCUGCCAGCUGGCGUUAUUCUUUUCAUAGUUCUCUGGAGUUGAAAGAAGUUUCGAUAGUUUGUUGGAGAUGUUUUUGUAGGUGAGGUAUAGCUCAUGUCUAUAAGCCAUGCCUGCUUACUUACCUAGAUAUUAAACAUGGAGCUAGACGAGCAGACAGCAUUAAAUUUUAUUGAAUUACAGUUACAAGUGGAACAAAUGACUGACUGACUGCAUGGAGAAGUAUUAUGUCAACCUGUUAAAAGCUAUGGAGAUUAAAAUGUUCAUGUAUAUACAAAAUAUAAAUGACAUAUAAGGUAAAAUUACAGUGAUCGAUUUACAACAAA